AUGCCAAAACGGAACAGAGAAUACGACGUCUAUAGAUUCCGACAGGCGAAACAGAAUCAAGGUGAGAAUAUAAUGACGUACUGUACUAGACUCAGAAAGCAGGCAGAGUACUGUGAAUUUCCAAACUUGAAUGGAGAAAUAAAAUCACAGAUUAUACAAUCCUGUCUGUCCUCACGGCUACGAAGGAGGGCACUACGAGACAGUGAUAUAACACUAGAUGAGCUACUGACACUGGCUCGUGGAUUCGAACUGAGUGAUCAGCAGGCACAUGUAAUAGAGCAUCCCAACGGUAGGGAGGAAAGUGUACAGAUGAUACACAAUAGGCAGCCGCCGAAUAGCUUCAGAGGAAAAGCAAGGGGGCGAGGAAAACAGAGCUAUAGGAAACCCUGUGCACAGCAACAAAAGGAAAAGACCCGACAGUGCUAUAGAUGCGGAGGAGAAUUCCCACAUCAAAGUAACUGCCCGGCAAAAGGCAAAAUGUGUAGUUUGUGCAAGAAAUCAAACCACUUUGCCAAGAUGUGCAAAUCUCGUCAAUAUAAAGACAAGGCAUACAGUAUAGAGGCACCUGUCAGGGAACCAAGCUCUGAGGAAGACGAAUAUGGUUUCCAUAUAAAGGGAAAUAACUCGUCACCGAAAGCAGAGAUCAUUCUGAACAAAACCCCCAUGAGUAUUAUCGUGGACACGGGGGCAACAGUAGAUAUAAUCAUGAUAUAA